UCACCUCCGCCUCCUCCUUUAGUGUGUAGAUGGUCACAUGUUGUUUUCCCUCCCCAGUCCGGCGGACACCAACAGCAACAGCAGCGGCAGACAUGUGUUAUUUAUCGCCGAGCUGCGGGAAAAGCAAGACGAGGAUUGAAGCUUAAAAAGAAAAAGCGCCUCGUUUUCCCGCUUUCGGCUUCCUGUUAGCAGCGGCGCCGGCAGAAGAAGAAGAGGAGGAAGAAGAGGAGGAAGAAGAAGAAGAAGAAGAAGUAUGGCGAGUCCGCCCAGCGACGCCGGACCACCGCUACCGGCCACCGGCGUGAAGAAGUGCGGCUACCUGAGGAAACACAAGCACGGACACAAGCGCUUCUUCGUGCUGCGGGAGCCCGGCGACGGCUGCCCUGCCCGGCUGGAGUACUACGAGAGCGAGAAGAAAUGGAGGAACAAGUCCGCCGCCAAGAGGGUCGUUCCGCUGGAUUGCUGCCUGAACGUCAACAAGCGAGCGGACGCCAAGCACAAACAUCUCAUCGCUCUCUACACCAAGGACGAGUACUUGGCCGUGGCGGCGGACAGCGAGGCCGAGCAGGAGGGCUGGUACCGGGUGCUGACGGACUUAAUCGCGGAGGGGAGGGAGUACGACGGCUCGGCGUCCAAUUCCGCGUCCUCGCUGGUGGGAUUCGACGAGGCGAGCUACGGGGUGAUCACGCCGGUGAGCGCCGCCUACAAGGAGGUAUGGCAGGUCAACAUGAAGUCCAAAGGGCUGGGGCAGAGCCGGAAUCUAACCGGCGUGUACAGGCUCUGCCUCUCCAGUCGGACUAUCAGCUUUGUCAAACUCAACACAGAAGUGGCCUCAGUCACCCUGCAGCUGAUGAACAUCCGGAGGUGUGGCCACUCCGACAACUUCUUCUUCAUCGAGGUGGGCCGCUCAGCAGCCACAGGACCCGGCGAGCUCUGGAUGCAAGCCGACGACUCGGUGGUGGCGCAGAACAUCCACGAAACCAUCCUGGAAGCCAUGAAAGCCAUGAAGGAGCUGUCAGAGUUCCGCCCCCGCAGCAAAAGCCAGUCGUCGGGCACCAACCCCAUCUCGGUGCCCACCAGGAGGCACCUGAACAACCUCCCCCCGAGUCAGACGGGCCUCCUGCGGAGGUCGCGCACCGACAGCAUGGCUACAACGUCGCCGGUGGGUAAAUUCUCCUCCUGUAGAAUUCGCACGGCCAGCGAGGGCGACGGCACCAUGACACGCCCGAUGUCCGUGACGGGGAGCCCCCUCAGCCCGGGGGUCCACCGCACCCUUCUGAGCAGGUCUCACACCAUUACGGCCCGCCCUUGUCGGACGUUUGAAUCCUCGUCCCUCCAGCACAGUAAGUCCAUGUCCAUGCCUCUGUCUCACUCCCCGCCCACGGCCGCCCCGAGUCUGGCCAGCCUGUCCUCGUGUCCGGAUAGUAGCGCUCCUCGUCCCUCCAGUUGCAGUGCCUCCUUCUCGGGCUCCCCGAGUGACGCAGGUUUCAUAUCGUGUGAGGAGUACGGCUCAAGCCCCGCAGAUGCACGGGACCUCCGGCUGCCUCUUACGUUCGGUAGCAACACCCCCGAGUCUCUAAAAGCAGACACCCCCCCCUCGCGGGACGGCAGCGGGCUUGAGGGCUACAUGCUAAUGGACCAGCAGAGCGGCUAUCGUUGGCUGCCCGAGCUGGACAAGGCUUACCGAAAACGCACGUACUCCCUGACCACCCCCCGCCAGCAGAGGUGUCUCCCCCAAGUGUCGUCGGCUUCCCUUGAUGAGUACACGCUAAUGAGAGCCACGAAUACGAGUGGAAGCCUGUCUUCUCGCAGGUGUUCCCCUAAAGGAAGUCUCCCCGACGACUACAGGGAUGUCCAGAGGAGCGACGGCAGUGGUUACAUGGCCAUGAUGCCUGGCGUGGCGCCGCACACGUCAGGAGCUAAGCUGGACCCUUACAUGCCCAUGAGCCCGAUGUGUGUGUCUGCUCCUAAACAGAUCAUCAAUCCCCGGAUGCACUCCUCCUCAGCAGGGCUGGCCCCGCAUGCCGACUCCCCAGGCAGCAUUUCCCUGGAGGACAAUGGCUACAUGCGCAUGUGGUGUGGCAUCAAGAUGUCCGUGGAGAGCACUGAUGGAAAGCUGGCCAAUGGCGAAUACCUGAACAUGUCCCCCGUGGACCCUCUCUUGUUGCUCACACCCAGAGACUGCACCCUCGGCACUUGUGGAGGAGAACCGCACCCCCAGCACCAGCACAGGCAGCCUUAUUCUCACAGCACCCUCCCGCAUUCACUGAAAGGCCAACUGCACCGCACUGGUUCCAGUGACACUGACCAGUAUGUAGUGAUGUGUUUACAGAGGCAGAGGAUAGAGGAAGAGUCCAGCUGCUGUCCUGUCCCCCCAGGAGACUCCGCGGCAUCACCGGGCGGGACUCCUUCAUCUGCUCCCCCUCCUCUAAGAGUGACUCUGAGUGACAGAGGCCUGGCGCACAAGAGUAGGGCGUGUCGGCCCACCCGCCUGGCUCUGGAUUCCCUCAAAACCUUACCGUGUAUGAGCGAACACCCUCUGCCCUCUGAGCCACGAAGUCCUGGGGAAUAUAUUAACAUCGACUUCAGCAGUGCUUCCAGUGAUGCCGUGACAUCCGCCGGGGCGACCAACGGGGAGUCACAGCCGCCCUCGGACUACGUCAACUUGGACCUCACCUCACCGAAAACCGUGGACUCGCCUGCUCUGCAUGACAUACAGGAAGAGGAAGGGAAAGGCGCCGAGGUGAGGGAGGUGGUGGAUGAAUAUCCCCUCCAGCACCACAAGAUACAAGUCAAGGAAGACUACACCGAGAUGACGUUCGCUUCUCUGUGCGCCGCUGAUGCCGCCCCCGCCCCCGCCAGCCCCACCGCUUGCAUCCAGAGACUGAGCCUUGACAGCAGUCUUGUGGUGGAUGGGGUACCGCCGGCGCCAGUGGACUCGUUUCUCCUCCCUUCCAUGUCUGUCACCCUUGCGGACCCUCACAGGGGUGCAAAAGUCAUCCGAGCCGACCCUCAAGGACGCCGGCGACACAGCUCAGAGACCUUUUCCUCUACCACCACCGUCACGCCCGUGUGCCCGUCUUUUGCCUACGACACCAAGCGCCACAGCUCGGCUUCAGUGGAGAAUGUAUCCCGCGGCGUGAGGAGCCCCGAGGGCCAAGAUGAGGACUACGUCAGCAGCAGCAUGUGCAGGGAGACGUCGGCCGGCUAUCAGAAUGGACUCAACUACAUUGCCUUAAACUUGAUGGAGGGUACCCUGGGGGGGUGCAGGUUAGGGGACUGCGACGGCCUCCUCAGAUUCAAGCCGGGCUGCGGCUGCAAGGAUGGCAUGAACGGCUUCAACUCCAGCCCUUAUGCCAGCCUGGGCUUCAAGGAGACGACUGCUGCCGCCGUCAAAGAAUGAAGGCCACUGACUCCGCCCUCCUUCCUGUCCCUCCUGGUCGUCGUGGGCCGCUGCAGCCGAGUGACGAUGUCGCCUCGGCAACAGCUGGACCGCGCACUGCAGCCGAUGUCCUCUGACAACCCCCCCGGCCCACCGGCCCCCCCGCCCCCCUUCUCAGCUGUCGUCUCCGAGAGGUCACGGGGACUGCAGUCAUCGCCAUAGCAACACGGACACUUGACCUUUGCCACAAAUGUUCCUUUGAGGAGCCGCCCGACGCUGCUGCUGAUGACUUAACAGACAACUUGUCGGUCACCAUUUCAUUGAUGUGCGUAUGAAGGGUUGCCGGUUAGACACCCUGAAAAGACACAAAAGCAAACCACAACCACAAAGAAUACAAAUAAUGGAAUGAAUGCAUACUAAAUAUUUAUUUAUUUAUCACGGAUGGAUGCAUUCGCUUUUCCAAAUGUGGGAAUUUCUAUAAAUAAUCAUUCAACCAGGUGGCGUUUUGGUACAUAUUUAAAAAAACGAAUAAAUCAAGAAACCUACCUCAAUAACAACAAAACAGGUUGGUUACCCCCCCCCCCAUAGUUGAUAGAAAUAUAUAUGAAAUAUUUAUUUUCUCUCUCUCUUUUUUUUAUUUUUGAAAAGAACGGUAUCACCGAUCCAAAGCCUUACUCUCGCCUUGAUGGGCCCUCAAGUUUGGACCUUCAGUCGCAACGAAUGAGCCACUCUGAGAUUUCCACGCAGAUCAUCUAUGAUUAUAUUAUUUAGCGGUUAUUGAUCACCCAGACAUCUGAGCCAAAGUCUCAGCACCUUCAACACUUUGGACCUGCUCACCUGCUCACCUUUCACCUGUCGGGUGGAAGCCAAUGUUCCUUCAUGUUCCUUCAUGUUCCUUCAUGUUCCUUCAUGUUCCUUCAUGUUCCUUCGUGUUCCUUCAUGUUCCUUCAUGUUCCUUCAUGUUCCUUCAUGUUCCUUCGUGUUCCUUCAUGUUCCUUCAUGUUCUUUGCAUGUCAGCACUAGGGAUGGGCAUGAUCCAUAACGUCGUAUGAACGAUGAACUCAUGAGUUGAGUCGGAAUUCUUUUUCUCACCUAAAAUUCCUCCUUAACAAAAUAGGAAAGCACAAAAUUUCAUAAUAUAAUUUUACUUAGUUAUCAAGUUAUUUCGUGGUAAAAAAUAUGAUUAUUUUAUUAAUAUUUGGAAUCUGUUCUAAAAAAACUACAAUUUAUUUUGUACUUUAUUUUUGGUCAAUUCUAAAUUUUGCAUAAAAAUGUAUUCUCAGAAAAUCCAGAUGGUAUUUUUUUUUUAUAAAUUCUAUCCCAUUUUUAGAAAUUGUAACUUGCAAAAUUCAAUGGUUUUCCUCCUCAUCUUUACUUUAUUCUUUGACUUACUUUUUCUCCCAUAAUAAUUUUUCUUCCUUUUCUCUUAAAAUUCCAACAGAUUUUGAACAUUUUUAAAAAUUUUUCCUUGGAAAGUUCUAACUUUAUUUUCGCCUGAAUAUUAAGUUUUUGGUCUUUGAAAAUGUACAUUUUUUAUAUCAUAAAACCCACCUUUUUGUGAAUAUUGGGACUUUUAUGCUAAAAAUUCAACUUUUUAUUCGUGAUUGUGACUCACGUUCCGAUGCCUUUUCAUCAGGAAAUGACAAGUCUGUUUUUCCCAUAUUUGGACUUUAUUCUGGAAAAAUAUAUAUAUUUUAAAAUUCUCCUGAAAUUCUGAUGAUUUUCCGCUAAUCUCAUUCUUGAACAAAUUCAAACUUUUUCAUAAAAUCUUGACUUUUCAUGUUUUGAUUGAUGUUCCGAUGCCUUUUCAUGAUAAAUGUACAACUCUUUUUGUGGACUUUGAAAGUAUUUUUUCUCAUAAUAUUGUACCUUUUAUUGAUGUAAUAUUGUUGAUGAAUUAAUAUAAGUUGAUGAAUGGAAUGUAGUCAAAUGCCCAUCCCUAGUCUUAACUGUACAUCACACACACACACACACACACACACACACACACUCACCUUUUGCCUCACGGCGGCGCCGAGCCAUGUGGUCAACCCGAGUCCAAAGCUUAAACCCACACCAGGGCCUGGCGCUGCCAUGGUGGAAGCCUCGGGCGAAUCCCCGGGCAGAGGAGCGAAUGCAUGGUCUUGCACUUACAAACUUUAGUAGAUUGUAACACAAGACGCGUUGAAUGUAGUACACGCUGCGUUCCGAGGUCGGGAACGCACAAAGCCCUGACAGAACACCACAAUAUGCAGUGAAAAGACAGAAUAAAGGAUUAGCUGGUACUUGGAGCGUGUAGAUAGUGUGAGGUUAGAAGAAGAAGCAAGAAGAAAUACGUUUGCUGUUUGAAAGUGUACAUAGUUUGUGUUGGAGUGAUGCAACAAAAGCACUAAUUAAGUUAUACGCUAACCACUUGUGGUUUGCCUCCUUUUUCUCCUUUUCUUUUCCCAUGGAAUAACUCGCGGGAUGGGAUAGUAUUGGCAAACGCCACGCCGCCAUUUUUCUACUGCUGUGACUCAACUGCAAAUUUUGAAGAAACAAAAGAGUUGUUGGCCUCCACUUAAGGUACAAACGGCAUAUAUGCAAUAUACACACUUUUGGACACGUGAGUUUACUUACCAAGACGUACCAAAUGUACAAAUAUUGUGGAUAAUGUUUAUGAAACAUCUGAUUUUCAUGGCGUUUUUAUUCAAAUCUUUUUCAAUUUUUUGCUAUUGGAGCUCUUUGGUGUUUGAGCAGUUUGGUGUUUUGUUUUUUUUGCAUUUGGUCGUACAUCAACGGUUACUGUUGCUCCCUUUUUGCUGUGUUUUUCAUUGUAAAUAUUUCACAUCUUGAAUAAUUAUUAUUGUGAUGCAACUAAGAGAUGAUAAUUUAAACUUACGUCGUUACUUUAGAUUGUAUUGAUUCUUUUAGACUCAUGAAAUAAAAAAUGAUAUUAUUUAAGAAAACAGCCUUGCCUUGUCUGCUUCCGUGGAGUAAAAUGGCCACUCCGUUGUCUUCCGUGUUCACUUCCUGUUGGUGUCAUGGUCUGGCACCCCCAUGUUUUGGCGGUAUCGUGUAUCGGCAUGUUAGUUUUUUAAUUUCAAGCAAUGCCUUUGUGAUACGAUGACAAGAAAUUCUUUUAAAUCAGUCUGUGUUCAAAUUUCCGAACCCAACAGAAAUAAUGUUUUUUUUUUAGAAAAAUGAUAUAUUCAAUGAGUUAAUAUGAGCUAGCUAACAACGGAGGUUAUGGGAAAUACCUAUUUUGCCUCCAUAGCCAACAGUGUUCAUUUACAUAUUUCAAUUAUAUUAUGUAUAUUAACCAAGCUACAGCCAUGUUAUUAUUGUAGCGGCUAACGUAAAAAAACAUUUAUAUCUGACGGACUAACAUAGCCUCGCUAAUCGCUAGCACUUUUUACACGAGGACUGAGCACACAUUUUGUUCUUGUUGUGUUUGUGAUGACAAUCAAGUCUUUUUAAUGAGUCAGUCUUAACAUUUGUGAACCCAACAGAAUUUCUUUUUCUCUGAAAAUGAUGUGUUCAAUGACAUAAAUGAGUUCAUAUGAGCUAGCUAACAACGGAGGUCAUGGGAAAUACCUAUAAUACUAUAUAAUGUAUUCUAUAUAAUAAUAAUAAUAAUACAGCGUUAUUAUUAUUGUAGCAGCUAAUGAUUUUGAUCUGACGGACUAACAUAGCCUCGCUAAUCGCUAGCAUUUUUUACCCGAGCCUGGAGCACACAUCUUGUUCUGUAUCUCCCUUUUUGUGUUUUCCCAUCUUAUUUUUAUUGUGCUUGAUGCUCCUCUUGAUGCUCCUCUUCCAUUCCCAGGAAGCCCGAUGGAAGACUAGACCUGGAAAAGAUGCAGCCAAUCAAAUGUGGAACGUUUCGCUUCUUUCCCACACUGAAGGAGGAAUGCAAACACGCUCACUAUGUUUAUUUGUCACCUUGUUUGUUUUGUAUGCCGCACGCACGCACACACACACACACACACACACACACACACACGGUGGAGUGGAGGAACUGGAUGACAGGUUGAUGAAAGGAGAAGAAGAGAGAGCAAAUACCCUGAGGCACACCCAUUUGUGUUUCCCUCUCCCGCUCAAAAAGCAGUUCCUGUUUGGGAGUUUUUUGUAUCUACACACACCCACACACACACACACACACACACACACACACACACACACACAC